AUGGCGGAUCCAUUAUCCAUUACUGCUAGUAUUAUUACGCUUUUACACGUCUCUGUUCAAGUGACGGUGCUGAUCAAACAGUUUCGCGAUGAGGUUGUGGUCGUGGAUGCGACGCUUACCGGCCUUCUCGACGAUGUGAACGGGUUUCAGCGCGUACUGGAAUCCAUGAAAGAGACGAUCGAGGAAAACAACAACAAAGAGACUCUACAAGCGACCGGUCAUGUGGGUAGUCACUGGAAGAAUCUUGCGCGCUCGCUCGAAGACGGUGCGGACGCUUUACAAAAGUUACAUACCACCUUAGACGUGGUCAACAAAAAGUCAUCGAUAUUGGAUGCACCACGAAAGCAGCUUAGGCUGAAGAGUGCCUCUGACCAGAUUGCCCGAUACCGAGAACAGAUUCAAACAUCUCACACAGCGAUUCAACUAUCGCUCAGUACAAUUAUUCUUUGGAAUCAAGUGACUUUCCAAAGAUCGACCGAGAUGAUACCAGUUAAGGUUGUUCCGACACUGGACAAACUGUACGAUGAAUUUCGUACAUUUGGUUCUCUUCUCAAUGCAAAGAUCGAAAAGCUUCAGCAUACAGUUACAGACCAAAAUGACCCAGACAACUACGAGCUUAUGUAUAUGAACAACUUGCGGGAGUGCGUUCGCUCAGCCGCUGAUGUCGUUUCAACUGCAUCGACAACGCUCAACGCAGAAACAAGUGACAAGACUUCCGUCAAACAUGGUUCUGAUUUCGGAGACGUCUUUGUCAAAGACGCGAAUGAACCCAUGUUACGUUGGUUUGCCUCAAACACCGUGUAUGAAUUCGAAGAUGUGGAGGCACCUCUACCCGCUCCAUCAGAAGCUAGCACAGGAGAUGCACAAACAGAGUAUCAGUCAGAUAGCGACUCAGAUAUAGAGAAUGACCUGAUCAGGUCUCUUUUCAACGAGGGUAGAAAAAGGAAGGACAUUGGUGAUCUAGAAAGUGCGGUUCGCUAUUUUCGAAACUGCCUCACGAGGCUGUCGUCGAAUACUCGCUACACAUCUCUGACCUCAGCAAAGAGUGCAGCAGCAUACACAGUGUCAAUACCCGACUUACUCGAAUGUCUCCUCGAUUGUUACUGUCUUCUGGAAGCGUGGGGCAAAGCGAAAGCAAUCAUGAAAGAUAAGCUAUUCAUCACCGAACGCCAAUUAGGCAAGAAAGAUGAGCUCUAUCUACGAGAUACUCUGAGGCUAGCGGAGCUCAUGAUGAAGAAUGGCGAAUACGUCGAGGCGCACCUCCAGGCACGGCGAUCACUGAGAGGAUUCAGGAAACUGGGAAAACUGGGAAAUAGUGGUUACGAAGAAUGCUUGGACCUUUUGAUUCGAAUCUGUAGCACUGAGGGGAAAGUGGAUGAGGAAGAGGCUUACACAGCUUUGUUGGCAAGCCACGAGAGGAAGACCAAGCGAUCAGCUCCAUCGCCUGAGGUUAUAUCGCUGUCGCGCGUUAGCCCAAAGUUUCAGUCAGCUUCCGAUCCGGUCUUAGAGGAUGUCGCUCAAGCAAAUUUCGAAGUUUCAGAGCAAGUGAAGGAGACGCUAGAUCAUGUGCAUGUCUUGGAGAGUAAUGAGGUGCCACUGAUAGACACAGAGGAUUCGAGUGUGCUUUCACCUGGUGAACUCCAAGUUCAACUGCCUGAGAAAUCCCAGUUCCACAGUACAGACCAGACCGUGCUGCAAGAGGACCCAGAGCCUGUCACCGAAAGAGACAAGAUUACAUCAGAACAACAACCCUCGUAUAUUUCCAGACCUUAUUCAUCUAUGGAGGAUCUGAGCGUUCGUCCGGAUUACGAGACGAAAUCCCUGUCCAGUCACAGUGUUACAUCGUCAGAACAACACGCUUUGACUUUGGCAUCACAAGAGGAAGUAUGUAUGUCGCACAAGCCGUCUGAUACAUGCGGGCUAAGCGUCAUUCCGCAAUUACCAGCUAUGCUGAGCCCAGCAGACUUUGGAGAUAUUUCACAUCUUGAGGGUCACGGGGCUCAAAUCGCAGCUGCUGAGUUCAUUUGUAUGCUAUACCGAGCUGCAGCAAACGAAGUGACAGAGAAAGAGUCGAGGGAUUCAAGAAAGGAUGCUGAGUUCCUAAAAGCAUGGUGUAACCUGUUCCACGGCCGAGAUCCUUACUACUUCUCUGAAUGGCAUGUUGAGGGUUAUUACUGUAUGAUCAAGAUCAAUGAUACGCACGGCUGUACGGUUUCGGGCCACGAGACCGAACAAAAGGCAAAAGAAGCUGCUGCCGCUAAAGUGUGUGAGAUGUAUAUCUCUCAUGCUGACGAAGUACUUACGCUGGACAAAAUGACGCGACGCGAUCCUGGCUCUGACAAAGAAGUUUUUAUUCCGCAAAGUGACCACGACAUUGGGAUACUUACGGGAUGGGGAGAUGAAACGGAUGCUUCAUUCUAUUCCCCGGUUACAGAUACGAACAUACCUCAUAUUACCAUAUCAGCAGAAACAGACGAACCUCCUACUGGUAAUGGCGAGGCGGCGACACCUACCACUGAGAAGUCAAUAAAUCCAUCGAAGGUGCGGCGCAGUGCAUCUAAUUCCAAAAUAUUUCCCAACCAAGUGGCAGGACAAGGGUUUGUCGAGAAGUUUCUAACAAGGUCGUACGCCGCAUUGAAAGGCACGAGAACACAUCACAGCGCUGUCGCAAGCGUCUCGACGAUUUUACCAAACGAUAAGGAACCCCAAUGGACUCCUGGUGAUACUCAUCUGUCGACUUCUGCAGAGGUAUGUUUAUAUUGCGAUAAGGAUCUGUCCGAACUCCCCUUUCAUUCGCAACGUAGACACAGAGAUGGUGCAUGUACACUUCAUACUUCGACAAGAAGUGUCUCGAAUCCCAUCAAUGCCAGUUAUUCGCCAGACUUAUCUAGAGACGAUAUCUCAACCCGUCUCAUCAGUAACAUCGACGCGACCACCUUUCCAUCUCAAUCCUCACAGUUCCAAUACGUCGGGCAGGAGACGAUUACAACAGUGUCUCCUUCGGCAGUUCAGCCUUCCUCCUUGAGCAAAUCUACCGCACCGGAAGGCACAUGGGCGUGUAAUGAAUGCAAAUCAGACCUUCUUCAGUACAUGAGUGAAGGUCGGUGUCGCUCAUGUUUUUCCAACAGAAACGAUUAUUCUCCCAGCUCGACCAACGAUUUUGCGCGUCUACCAUAUGACCGCCACCAGACACCGUUGAAUUACCUAAACUUGAACGCACCAAAAGGUACCAUAAUACGACGGAAGGUGAUACUGCUAGGAGAUACAUUAUGUGGUAAAACAUUCCUCGCAAGUGCAUGGAGUCAAGGGGAUGUUCCAGAAGAGGACACACCUGUGAUGAACCACUUCAUCAGGUCGACAAAGAUUAGGGAUCGUCAAAUCGAGCUUGUCAUCUGGGAUAACACCGGUAGAGAGGGGUACGAGAUGAUGCGCCGCCUUUCAUACGAGGAUGCGCACAUAGUAUUGAUCUGCUUCGACAUCAGUGAUCCAGAUUCGUUUGAAAAUAUUGACUAUAUGUGGAGCCCUGAAGCGAACAAACACCUCCGCGAUCUACCCAAGAUACUCGUUGGGUGUAAGAAAGAUCUCCGGAAUGACAACGCGAAGCUCGACAGCCUACGCCGUCAACACUUCAUACCGGUAUCUCCAUAUGCCGCUGACCGGCUUGCAAUAAAGAUACAAGCUCUAGCAUACUUUGAAACAUCGGCCAUCAAGAAGCAAGGCCUCUCGGAGCUCUUCGACUACCGAUCUCGAACUAUGCCGUCGAACGUACAACAGCCCUGCAACCAUACAAGUGUUCUUGAGAAUCCCAAAUCUAGUGCAAGGAAGAUGCGGAAGUUCGAACAUCAACCUGACAAGGGCGGCCCGAAAGGAAGCGCAAAGGCUAGAAUACAGCUGCCGAUAGCGCAACCAGCUGCUAAAACGGCGACAAAUGGGUCUCCAGACUCACCAAACAUCACCUCGUCAAGCACAGAUCCCUACAAAGCAGCUCGCGAAGCUCUCGAUCGCGAUGGUUUCGUCGUUCUGUCUGCCUCGCUAUUUCCAUCUUUUGAUCUUGAUGCCCUUCGCGCCGCUGCCUCACGUAUGACAGAAGCAGCACGAACUGGAAAGUGGCCGUAUAUACGUACGCUACCGAAGCAGUUUCCACCAUGGCCACAGGACCCCUCAAGUGGGAUAUGGGGCGUACAGCAUCUACUUCACCCGUCAAAUUCAGAUCAUCUCACGUUCGCAAAGUCGUAUUUCGACAGGGAGCUACUGAGAUAUGUCGGAGCACUAAUUGGUUGCGGAGAAGACGAUCUGACCAUGGAGCUGUACAACAUGCUUGUCCGGCCGGACAAAGAUUUCAGUCUGCGGUGGCAUAGAGACGACAUCGCAGCGACAGCAACAUCAGAAGAAGAGCUGGAGCGACUGCAAAAGCCAGGGCGUCACGCACAGUGGAACCUUGCACUGUAUGAUGACAGCAGUCUAGUCCUUGUGCCUGGCUCGCACAAACGUGCACGCACUGACACAGAGAGGAAUGCGGAUCCGUACGAAGCACAUGUGCCCGACCAGCUUACUGUGCAUCUGAAAGCAGGGGAAGUUGCAUUCUACAAUAACAACAUCCUUCAUCGCGGCGUAUAUGACAGCACGAAAGAGAGGAUGACGCUACAUGGCAGUAUCGGGACAACACUGGCGGGGAGCGAACGAGCGAGAAACGUGCUACAGCACGGUGUUGGUGAUUGGGCGAAGGAAUACAACUUUGACGAUUUUGAGCCCGAGAUGGCCGCAAGGGCGAAGAAGAUGAGAGAGAAGCUUGUGGAGAUGGGUAAGGAAAGUGGGGAUGUUGGCUUCUUCUCGAAGGAUGAGUGA